AUGAAGCCAUUUACGACCUUCAUCUUUCUCUGUACGCUGUGCCUCCCCCUUUUCCCACAGGAAAUAGCUGCGCGCCCAAGGAAUGUCACCAAAACAAUUAAGCAAGUCUGCGCGCACACGGCUCACAAGGAUCUCUGUGUCUCCACCCUUGCGGCUGACCCGAGUAGCCAACAAGCCAACCAAACUGGCCUGGCCUUGGUGGCGCUGAGGGUCGCGUCAACGAAUGCCUCGGACAUAACCGAACACAUUAAGGUGUCGGUUACCGACAUGAGUUUAGAGCCUGCGGUCCAGCAGGGCCUGUCUGACUGCAUGGACAAUUAUGUCGACGCGGCUGAGCAGCUCGAUGACUCGGUCGCCGCCUUGUUGGCCGGUGCCUACCAUGAUUUGAGUACUUGGGUGAAUGUAGCCAUUGCUGAUGCCAAUUCAUGCGAGAGCUCGAUCAAGGGACUCAAAACCGGCAUGUCUAAGAAAAAUGUAUUGUUUCAGCAGCUAUGCGAGAAUGCCUUGGCCAUCACCAAGGCCGUUGCCGGAAAGUGA